AUGUGGCGGCCCAGUGAGUUGAGGAUCAUGGAGAAGGACUUUCUCGGCGCCUCCGCGGCGAGGCGUGCUGCUCGGCGGCGCGGUCGCGCUGCUCUGGAAGCAGCUCUGCGGCCGCUCGUGGCGGCACGCGGCGCCCCGGGCCCGUGGGUGGACCGCGAGCGCGCGUCGAGGCCGACUCUGCAGAGGAUUGCUGCAGGAGAUCGUGUUCCUGGCGCGAUGCGGCUGAGGCGGAACACUGCCUGGCACGCGUGCCGAGUGCCGCCUGGCGGCUUCACGGCCGCGUCCUCGGCGGAUCUGUCCUGGGCUGCUGCUGGGCCUCGGCUGGGGCACACUGCUGGUGGCAUGCGGGCUGAGGCCACGCCGUUCGUGCCGCGGGCUGCCUGCCGCGCGGUGGGCGUGCGCUGCAACUGCGGUACCGCGGUUUGGCCGUUGCCUGGCGCUUCGCCCGUGUGGCCGCCUUCGGAGGCAGCCAUGGCGAAGGCGUUCGCGCUGAUCCAGCCCCCUGCGGCGCAGAUGCCGUGCGUAACGGAGUCCGAGUAUUGCGAGAGCGUGGACGUGGACUUGGAGGUGGCUGCCCGUCGCGUGGCUCAUCCCGAGCCGUUGCGGAACGCUGGCGCGGCUGCGGCGUGUGGCUACCCUGGAGCUCGACGUAUGGAGUCGGCUGAGGGUGCUGUGUCGGAUGGCUCCUUCGCGGUGCAGGGGGAGGCGUGCGUCGGCGCGGUCGCCGACGAGUUCAUGGACGCGCAGGUCUCGCUGGCGCCGAUGGCAGGCGCGGUGCGGGGCGGAAAGGAGGGCGAGGGCGACGGCAUCUCGGAGGCUGCGUCGGCCGCUGUUCGUGCCCCUGGCGGUGGGUCGGGCUUCGUGCAGGGUGCCGUGGAGCCGAAGAAGCGCCGUGGUGCAUUCUUGGCCGUCCUGGAGCGGGAGGGCCUGACCGUCGCCUCCUUCCGCCCUUGCAACACCGCCGACUCUGGUAGCACCGCCGACUCAGGCAUCAGCGCCGAUGAUUCUAAUGACACCACCGACUGCAGCACAACCGCCGACUCCGGCAGCACCGCAGACUCGAGCAGCACCGCCGACUCCGACAGAAGCGCCACCGACCCCAGCUCCACCACCGACCCCGGCAGCACCGCUGACCUCAGCGGCGCCGACUCCAGCAGAACCACUAACAGCGGCAACACCACCGAACCCACCAGCACCACAGCGGUUCCAAGGAACCGCAAGGCGCACCCGAACCGCUCCCGAGGUCGGAUGGCCAGCUCUGGGGAAGGCGGCAGCGUGCCGAGCACCCUCAUGCCAUCAGGAAGCAGGAAGCAGGACGCACUGCAGCCCGAAGGCGCGGUCGUCACACUCGCCGCAGCAGCUGGCGUCGCGGGCGAGGAGCAGCAGCUGCUCCAGCCUCGCGACCUCGCCCUGGCGGGCGCUGGCGCCGGUCCUGGGCUCAGGAUGGGCCCGGCCGGCAUCGGCGAGGCGCUGGCGGCGGCCGUGGACGAGGGCGCGGCGCUCGCCAUCUCGCCGGCAGGCGCACGCCUCUCCUCGGCGCCCUCGCUCGGGUGGAGCGAAUACUGCGCGGAGUCCUCUGCGUGGGUCGUCCGCGAGGGGGCGGGCCUGUCCGAGGUGCAGGAGGCGCAGGUCCCAGCGCGGGCGCGCCUGCUGGCGGCGAGUGCGCCCCCCAGGGUGAGCUACAGGUACUCCUAUUUUCAGGCCUUUGAGCUGCCCGGCCAGCUCUGGGGGUGCUGCGUGGUGGCGGUGCAGAUCCUGCAGUGGCUGCUGGUCCGCCGCGCGUCCACGAAGAAGCUUGGCGAGCUCGUGGUGAGGAUGACGUCGCGGGCGAAGUGGCUGGUGACGAUCACCUGCAUGCUCCUGUGCUCGCUUGCGCUGGUGAGCCGCUGGAAGGAAAGACGCUCGCGUGGCAAGGCGAUCGAGUCUGAUAUAUUGGGGUCGCAGUCGAGUCAGCGGGAGGCGCGGCUUACCGCCGUCACGAUAGCCCUACAAGCACUCUCAUGGAUUGUGUGGCUGCUUUGGGUGAUGGCCCUCUUGGGCAUCGACACGAGUCGCGUGCUGCUUGUGCCAUCAGUCGGCGCCAUCUUCCUAGGGUUCCUAGGCCGCGACAUACUCUCCAAUGUGCUGAGCGGUUUGGUCAUCUACUUGACGCAGCCCUUCGCCCAAGGCGAUUGGAUCACGCUUGAGGAUGGGCAGGACGGGUGGGUGCACGAGAUUGGCAUAUUUUAUACUAAGGUUGUGCAGUGGGACAAGCGCCCCCUGUACGUCCCAAAUAUACGUCUAAUCCACAUGCUAGUCCAGAAUAACUCGCGAAUGAGCCACAGGCGAAUCAGAUUCGACAUCAACGUGCGGCUGAAGGAUAUUCCAAAGGUCCCUGCAAUCGUAAACGACCUCCAGGGCAUGCUCGAGGAGCACAACGAUCUCGACACUAUCCAGCAUAGGCUCGUGCGCUGGCGGCAGGUGGGAGACUACUACGCAACGGUGUGGCUCUCCUGCUACACACGGUCCACCGAGGAGGGCAUCAGGCUGAAGCACUUCAUUGCCGUGGAGCAGUCCGUCCUAGAGCGCACGGCCGCGAUCCUCUACAAGCACGGUGCGGACUUCGCGACCUCGCUGGAGCGUUUCCGAUCGAAGAGCACGGCGCUCGAGGCGGCGGAGGCGACGCAGCCGGCCCGGGGCGCGGCGCCCAGGUCCUGGAAGGGCGAGGGCGAGGCCGGCGACGGCGAGCUGCGCGAGCGGGAGCGGGUGCUGCGCGAGUCGCGCGAGGAGGCCCUGAAGGCCAAGGAGGAAAAGGUCCGGCUGAAGGAGCGGCAGAUCGACAAACUGGAGCAGACCCUCGAAGAGCGGGCGAAGGAGCUCGAGGAGCGGGAGGCGCAGCUCCGCGCCGCCGCCCCGGAGCUAGAGGCCGCCCAGCUGGAGGGCGACGAGGGCGCGGAACUGGAGCGAGACCGCCCCGUCGCCGAGGCGGAGGCCGCGGCGCUGAGGGACGGCCGCGGCGCCGCCGUCGCCGGGGCCGCCGCGCUGGAGCCGGAGCUGACGCGCGCGUGGCUGCGGGAGAACCUGGGCCCCGGCGAGGCGCGCGAGGCAGGCCGCAGGGCCGAGGGCGGCGAGGAACCGGCGCCGGGGGACGCCCUGCAGGCGAGGGAGGACGAGCUCUCAGAGCGCAGCCGCGCCGCAGACAAGCGUCUGCAGGAGCUGAGCGUGAAGGGCAAGGAGCUCAGCAGGAAGGACCAGGUGCUCAGCAAAGAAGCCGAGCGUGAAGGGCAGCGAAGGAAGGACCCCGAGCUCAGCAGAGGAGCGGAGCGUGACGUGCAAGGGGGCAGGGACCAGAGCCCAGAGCGCGCCGUGGAGCGGGGCGCGGGCGCGGGCGGCUGACGGGCGAAAGGGCGCCUCGGCGAGUUCCGAGGUGCGCAGCCCGACUCCACUUUUUCUGUUCCACUCGGCAUGAAGAGGGCAACAAAAAGAGCACAAGCACACGCGACUGUAGUCGGCGUAAGCCAGACAAGCGCCGCCGAAGCGCAGCGGUGCCCACUUUUUGCUUUUCUCGGCAGGAGUAGGGCACCAAAAAGAGCACAAGCAUACGCGACUGCAGCCGGGGUAAGCCAAACAGGCGCUGCCG